AUGGAUAAUAUCCAUCUAGUAUUGUGUCAUUCAACCGGAAUCUUACUGCCAGUGAAUAUGAUUCGCGAUGUGAUCAUUCCGUGGAUGCAGCAAACAAAGGCCAAUAGCGGGCGAUCCGGACAAGGGGGCGUCAAUGAGGCUAUACAAGGUGUAAUCACGAGUCAAAGAAAAAGCACGAGUUCAGGAGUUUUGAUGGGCGAAGUGAAAG